UCUAAGGUACAGUGACGAAACCUCUUUCGUGGUGGGGUUAGUGUUUGGUUUGGGACGUCAAGCUGCGUCUUUUUGCAUUAUGUUAAUAAAAAAAUCAAUUCCCAAUUAUGAGCGCAUUUAAUGGGAAAAAGAAGUUUCUUAGUCCCAAUAAGCCACCGACACUACUAAUUAUUGACUACCGCCGGAAACUGAGCGGUCUGAAGAGAGUAAUCAAAGAUCUUGUACUUGAAAAUGCUUACUUGUGUGACGAAGUGGCCCAAGUUCAUGAAGACACUUUGAUUCUGAAGGAGGAGGUACGCUCUUUGCUGAAAAGAGUGCAUCAGCUAGAAGCUAGUGCUGGUAUUGAAAGUACGUUGCAGCCAGCAAACUUCAAUACCCAAGAAGGUCAAACAUCAUCUCCCGCACCAAAGAAGGCUGUCAAACGAAAAACUACUCACGAUGAAGAAUUGAAUGGCAAUGUUGCAUCUCAGACCUUCAAACCUAAAGUUACUGGAAAAAGUAAAGCAAUAAAAGAAGAGCAUUUUGAUGUAGAAUUUGCUGAUUGAGUGCCAAUGGUACUGUUUUAGUCAACUGUCUCUGAGGUCAACUGUUUCUCCUUAGACUGAGUUCUUCCAUUCAAAAUCGUUGAGUUGAAAUAUAUUAUCAAAUAUGGACGACGAAGUUCAAGCAAUUGAAUCUCCCAUUAGUGCUGCUGCCCUGGGGCUGCCUGCACACCUGACUGAUAUUACUUUAACUGCAACUACACCAAACAUCCAGCGAGUAGCUAAUGGCAAUGGC